CAAAAUACAUGUUAACAAAGUAAAAAAUAGUCAGUGUCCUUCUCACAAGUGACAACUCACCGGCAAUGAAUAUUAUAACUCUUUGUACCCUAUUUGGACUUUUCCCAGGUACUGCCCUUCACAAAAUGGUCCUGCAGACACCACGACUUCAGACAGUCUUUACUGGAAGUAUAGUUAAGCUUAAUUGCCACAUGGAUUGGGCUGUCAGUGGGCACCUUCACUGGUAUAAGCAGCAGGUGCGAGGAAAUUUGAAGAAGGUUUACAUAAUGGACAAGAACUUCAUUUCGAAUGGAAAAAAGAUAUCUGGAGAAAUUAAUCAUACCUCGAGUAUUUAUACUCUUGUGAUUGGUGAUGUGCAGGUGACUGACUCAGGUCGGUAUUAUUGUGCAGCUUGGAAAUUUUACGGAAUGCCCCUCACAUUCGGAAAUGGAUCAAUACUGCUCGUUACAGAUGGAAUGAAUAAAAUCAGUGGAAGUUUGCCAUCUCGGAUUGAUUCUUGCCAUUUAAUAUUGUAUGGAAGUUUGUUGGCGAUAGGUCUUCUCACAACCGUUACUGUUGCUGCGGCAUGGAGCUACAGGAAGCAGAAUUCAGGCGACUGGAUCACUGAUAACAACUGCAAGGAAUCACGACUACUCGACCAGAAACAGCAGACUCUCUACGCCCCGUUGGUGUUCACUGUAGAUCAGACUCUGUGACGGGACAGAGAACCAAGUAUCCAUCAUUGAAGAACAUAAUUUUUUUUUCACAUUCAGUGGGAUGUCAGUUAGAAAUAUUUGUUCAUCGUUCAGCAUUUUUUUGAUCUUG